UAAUCUUAUUCAAAGCUCUCCAUUGUAUACUAAAAUGAAUGACAUGUACAGAGAGUCAAACUUCAAUAUAAUUGAAUCAACUGGCAGCGCAGUUUUGAAUUCCGGCGAAAAUGGGGUAACAUAUUGCAGGAAUUCAAGCUUUAGCAACAUUUUUUUAACGGAAAAUUGGGGUACUUUACCGUUAAAAGUGGAUGAUUCAGAGGAUAUGGUAGUGUACAAUGCUCUACGUGACGCUGUUUGUCACGGAUGGAAUCCGUCAAGUGAUCAUCAAGCUCUUAAAACAGAGACACAAGAUGAGGCGAGUAAUUUGGUGGUGGAACGUGAAAUGCGGGUUCCACGGAAGGAGGUGCAAAUGCAAUAUAAAGGUGUGAGGAGAAGGCCGUGGGGUAAGUACGCGGCGGAGAUUAGAGAAGCAAAGAAGAAUGGAUCAAGAAUUUGGUUGGGGACUUACGAGACGCCUGAAGACGCUGCACUUGCUUAUGAUCAAGCUGCUUUUAAGAUGCGCGGAUCAAAAGCAAAGCUCAAUUUUCCUCAUUUGAUCGGCUCCGUUAAUUUCCAACCAGUAAGAGUCAACCCCAAGCGCCGCCGUUCAUGUGAGCCUCCGUCGCCCCAGUCAAAGCGAAGUAAACAGUAAACAAUUAAUGUCGGUAGUUUCAUGGCGGAGUUGUACUUUUUGUAACUUAUUCCUCGGAGCCAAAAUCACAUGGCGAAGUUGGGUUUAUUAUCAUGAUAUUUUUUAAAAUAAUAUUUUGAAAAAAAGUAAAAUCCCCUUAUAUUUAUGAGAAGAGUAAUUAUUAAUGUUUUGUGUGAUAAAUAAAGUAGAAUCGGAUAUUAAAAAUAUAUCAAAUGAAGCCGUACUUUUUGUAACUUAUUCCUCAAGCCAAAAUCAUAGUUUAUUAUGUUUGUUAACUAAUAAUCAAUAAGAAGAUCGGCUUUGGCUUUGUAAAAACAUGCAUUAGACAUUGUCUAUUAC